AUGGCAACCAAAACUCCUAAGCUUGUGAAGCACACAUUAUUGACUCGGUUCAAAGACGAGAUCACACGCGAACAAAUCGACAAGUACAUCAAUGACUAUGCCAAUCUGGUGGAUCUCAUUCCAAGCAUGAAAGAUUUCUCUUGGGGAACUGAUUUGGGUAUGGAGACUGAGGGCCUAAAUCGAGGUUAUACUCAUGCCUUCGAAUCUACAUUUGAGAGUGUAGCAGGUUUGCAGGAGUAUCUUGAAUCUCCUGCUCUUAGUGCGUUUGCAGAUGUUUUUCUACCUACAUUGUCACAACGUCUUGUGAUAGACUACUUUCUCUACUAA